AGUAGAAACCGGAAGUUGGCCGAGCUGCUGUAAUUUAAAAGGGGCCAUGGGUAACAUGGAGAGCGUGGUGGUCCAGAAGAGGAUGGCCCGCUUCCGGCCUGAAGAGCGGCCUGUGGUGGAGGGGGUGUUCAACCGGCUCCAGGGGGGGGCUGGGGGCCCGGCAGGAGCCCCUGAGAAGACGCCAGCAGGGAAGACUCUAACACUUGAGAUGCUGCAGUGCUCGAUGGGCAGCCUGGCACCAGACUCCAUGAUUAGGAGAAUCUACCAGUGCUUGUGUGGCAUCGACCCAGGACUGGCAUCGCCCGCAGCCUCUGGGAAGACGAGCCCCUCCGCUGCGUCUGGAGUCGGCCGUGAGCAGAUGGUCAUGUUCCUGGCUGACACCCUGCGGGGAACGGCGGAGGAACGGGCUCCUCUGGUCAUGGCCAUGUCCCGUCGUGGAGCAGAGGCCGCCGUCACACGUGAGCAGGUCGCAGAGUUCCUGCAGGACCUAAUCUCUGCUGUAGUUCAGAUUCUGGUCCACAGAGGGCGCCUGCAGGGCUGGAAGCCGGAGAGAAUGGGUGACGUCUCCCGGGGGGUCGAGCUCCUGGCAGAGCAGAUGUGUUCUGAACUCAAACCUGCAGAGGAAGGAGGUUGUGAUGUUUCCUGCCUGGAGGACUGGAUCUUCAGGGUCUCCCAGGUCUCCUUGUACCUGGAGAUGCUGGUAGCUGAAGGACUGAACGUGUCUCUGAGUGGACGGCCGGCCCCCACCCUCCUCCCCCCCUGCAGGGACACACCCUGGAAAGAUCUCAAGUGUCUCCUGGACCUUCCCACCAUCAUGUUUCUGGCCCCACAGUUGCCAGACAGCUACAGCGCCCCCUGGAGGCUUGUGUUUUCCACACAGCUGCACGGGGAGAGCUUCACCAGGAUGGUGAUCGGCCUGACGAAGCACGGCCCCACGCUGCUGCUGGUCAGAGACUCCAAGGGCCACGCGUUCGGGGGCUUCGCCUCCCACCGCUGGGACGUCAAGCCCCAGUUCCAGGGUGACUCCAGAUGCUUCCUGUUCACUGUGCUCCCCCGACUCAGAGUUUACACAGCAACAGGAUACAACCAGCACUUCAUGUAUCUCAACCAGAAUCAGCAGACCAUGCCCAACGGACUGGGUAUGGGGGGGCAGCACGGCUACUUCGGCCUGUGGCUGGAGCGAGACUUUGGCCGCGGUCACAGCCGGGCCCGACCCCGGUGCACCACGUACGGCAGCCCGCAGCUCUCCGGGGAGGAGGACUUCACCGUGGACUCAGUGGAGGUGUGGGCAGUCGGAAAACCCCCGGAGCCAGAGGAGGACGAGGAGGUGGACGGAAAGAAGAAGAAGAGCGUCCUGGACGUGGACCCGGAGCUCCAGGCCAUGAUGGAGAUGUCGGGGAAGACGCUGCACAGUCAGGGCCUCAGGGAGCCAGAGGAGGACGACGAGCACUGAGGGCCAACGGGCCCCUGGUUCACCUGCUGCUCACACAUGAUGGGAUUCGAUCAUUUUACAGAACUGGAUCACAUCCCAUCAGACUUAAAGACGUGCUGCAAGAUGCUGCUGGCUCCACAAGACACUCUCACAAUGUAAACCAGGCUAAGCUAAGCUAAGCUAAGCUAGGCUAAGUCCGAUCUGACGACUGAAAGGCUCCAGUGUGCAGGCGCCAGACGGAUCAUCAGCGUGGACGUGUUUGAUUCCAGCUGCACUGUGUGAUAGAAGAAGACUGAAGAUUUCUCUAUAUAUAUAAUCUAUCUGUCAGAAAAGUGGGAGGGGCCUCAGUCAACCAGAAAGUACAGAAUCCAGAUCAUCACCUGAAGAUCGAAAUAAAAGAGUGAGAUUGUCUCUGUGUGUGUGUGUAUGUGUGUGUGUGUGUGUGAGUGAGUGUGCGUGUAUGUGUGUGCGCGCGUGUGUGUGCAAUAGAAUAAUAUAAACAAUUACAGAGAUAUGUAUUUACUGCAUUAUACAUCUGUCACUACUGAUAGAAUAUUAUGGGUUCAGAAAGUACAUGAACAAAUUGAUCGUAAAUAGAUUAUAAUUGAACAAAUUUAACAUAUUUAUGAUGUGUUACUGUAGUUGUGCAUAUGUAUAAGGAUAUGAAAUAUAUAUAUACAUACAUUUGUAUAUGUACACACAUACACACAUACGUAAAUAGUGGAAGUAAUGGUGUUUGGUUGAGGUCUUGUGAUAUGAAACUGUGCAAUAUUAUAACAUUAUACUGGUGGUAAUAUGUGUGUGUGUGUGUGUGUGUGUGUGUCAACUUGUGUAGUUGUUUUAAUUAAAGUCUGGAGCUUCUUCCAAUUCA